UCAGUUUCGUUGCGACCAUCGGUGAGGUUGCUUCAGGUUAGUUUGACGCGUUAUUUGUGCUAAUGAAGCUGGUCAAUUCGCCACGUGCAUCCUGUGGAUUUUUUCAAAUCAAGAAGGUAAAAUUGACUUUAUUUGCAGAAUGUGAUAAAAACUCUCGUAGGAAAUCGAAUUGAGUUUUUAGCAAGGAGCCUUAUUCUUCUCUGGUGUGACUCUAAAGAAAGUGGCCACUUUAAUCAGUAACAUUUAAUUCUCAACUAUUUCCCGGUUCGCCAACAUCUUUAACGAUCAAAGUGAAACAAUUCAAACACAUAAAGCUGAAAGAUUCCGUUUAAAACAGUUUGUGUUCAUUACAUGACGACCGUUUAGCCGUAACUUUCUUCAAACGUGUAUCCAUCAUGAUGAGUAGUUUACGUCAGGUGCUAACCAUCCUUUUCCUAAGUGUAGUGAAUGCCAGGUGGACCAAAAGGGAGAUUCAAGCUGAAGAUGUUUUUUCUGGUCAACAUCGUGGGUCUCUCGACAAGACUAAUUUCAACAACUUUAAUAGUCAACCAAAUUCACCGUACCUUCCCUACCAGCAAUCCAGAGAUAAAAAGCCUAACAUCGUUUUGAUACUAACCGAUGAUCAGGAUGUUGAGCUUGGUUCGCUGAAUUUUAUGCCACAAACUCUAAGGCGAAUAAGGGAUGAAGGAGCUGAGCUGCGACACGCAUAUGUAACCACUCCCAUGUGUUGUCCGAGUAGGAGUUCACUUUUGACCGGCCGCUAUGUUCACAAUCACGAGGUCUUCACCAACAACGACAAUUGUAGCAGUCCUCAAUGGCAACGAGAUCACGAGACUCACUCAUUUGCCACUUACCUUAGCAACGCAGGCUACCGUACGGGGUACUUUGGAAAGUAUUUAAACAAGUAUAACGGAUCUUACAUUCCUCCCGGAUGGCGAGAGUGGGGUGGUUUAAUAAUGAAUUCACGAUAUUACAACUACAGCGUGAACAUGAAUGGAAAAAAGAUUAAGCACGGAUUCGAUUAUAAUAAGGACUAUUACCCGGAUCUGAUUGCAAACGACAGCGUGACUUUUUUACGACAAAGCAAACACAACAUGGCCCGAAAGCCAUUAAUGCUAGUCGCCAGUUUUCCUGCACCCCAUGGACCGGAAGACUCUGCUCCUCAAUUUUCCCAAAUGUUCUUUAAUGUUACAACUCAUCAUACUCCAGCUUACGAUUAUGCUCCAAAUCCUGAUAAACAGUGGAUUUUACAAGUGACACAAAAAAUGCAACCAAUUCAUAAGCAAUUUACCAAUCUCUUGAUGACAAAAAGACUUCAGACACUUCAAAGUGUCGAUGCUGCAGUUGAUAGGAUUUAUCAAGAAUUAAAAGAUCUUGGUGAGUUAGAUAAUACGUAUAUAAUGUAUACAUCUGAUCAUGGAUAUCAUCUGGGACAAUUUGGACUUAUCAAGGGAAAAAGUUUUCCGUUCGAAUUCGAUGUUAGAGUACCCUUCCUUAUUCGAGGACCUGGAAUUGAACCUGGUACCAUAAUAGACGACAUAGUAUUAAACAUUGACCUGGCGCCAACCUUCCUGGACAUCGCUGGCGUAGACACUCCACCUCAGAUGGACGGACGUUCGUUCAAGAAACUUUUCCUCAAUAGCAAACAUGGAAGAAGGAUAAAAUUUAAAUGGCCUGAUUCAUUUUUAAUCGAAUCAUCUGGUCGCAGAGAAACUUCAGAGUCAAUAGCAGAAGCGAAGGCAAGAGAGGCGAGGAGACAUAAUGCCGCGAUGGCGAAGAAAUUGCUAAAUGUCGUCCCCGAAGAUCAAGAGGAGGACACCAUUGAUCCAGAAGUAAAAGCUGACGAGGAUCAUCGAGUCGAUAAUGAUACUGACAGUAUCCAAGACAUUUCUGAUAGUGAAGAAUUUGACGAUCUUAUUUCUGAAGAUAAUCAUUCUGAUCCGAAUUAUGACAACAGAGUUUACCCCGUGAAAUCAUCGUAUUCUUCAAAACAUGAACGUCUGUCAAUCGAAUGUUCAAGACCAGAGGCUCAAGCAAAUUGUGUCCCGGGCCAAAAGUGGCGGUGUGAAAGAGACGGUCUUCGAUGGAGAAGACACAAGUGCCGAUAUGCAAUACCAACCCCUGUAGUUCAGAAAGCCUCGAAAAAGUGUGCCUGCUUCACUCCGAACGGAGUUGUUUAUACCAGACUAGAAACGAACAGCUUCGAUGAACAGAAAUUCGUGUUUGGAAGAGAGGGCAAAAGUUAUGGAUUGUAUGGAGAUCUUCAGAGUUUUUCAAUACGAAGAGGAAAAAGAGACAUAGCUGACGAGGAAAAAACGUUUCAAGCUACUCGACAAGAAUUUAAAAUUGAACACUCAGACGUUUUAGAUAACGUGGACGAUAUGCGAGACCGCCGUGCAAUUGACGAAGAAGAUGAUGAAGAUUUUCAGAAUAAAAUUAACGACUUCUCUUCAAAUUACAAAGGAAGUCUGUCAGAAGAUAAUUGGGAAGAAAUUUCAAAAUACACGUCAAAUUAUUUUGAUCCUAUUCCAAAUAAAGUAAUUAAUGGACAUUUGGAUGUAGACGAAGUAAUCAGCAGAUAUCAUAGGAUAAGGAGGAGUGCUGUAAAGAAAGAUACUAUAGAGAAUGUUUCGAAAAUUAUGGAGAGCAUUGAAGAAGAGCUAGAUGAUUUGAAAGCAAUCAAAAUACAAACGCAGGUUCAGCAUUCUGGAUCUACGAAGUCGGUGACUCCUAAAUGCUUGGUUUCUCUAGAAGGUAGUGUCAAUUGUAGCAAAAUGGUAUUCCGAGAUCCUGAUGAGUGGAGAGUAUCUCGCAGAGAGAUAGAACAGCAAAUUAGAGAAAUGAGAAGGCAACUUGAAACUUUAAAGGACAUCAGGCGUCAUCUAAUGAUAAAAAGACCCCUAUUAUUAGGAGAAAAUGCAGAUUCAGAAGAUUCAGACACAAGUGUUCCUCAAAAAUCUCAUAAUCGAAACCACAAAAAUCACACCAAUCGUCAUCACAGAAACCACGACACGAUACCGAGUUUGAUGUCCUUGCCAAUGACUCUUCUUGCAAAUACAAAAAUAACUCCAAGUGGUAGAACGGUUACGGAAAAAAUAAGCAGUAUCGAAACAAGCGGAUUUGAAGAAGAAACAACCCAACGUACAAGUCCCAUAAACAAUAUUGCAAAAUCUUCAAUCCCUAUUAGUCCAAGUCCAAAGAAAAUUCCAAGAAGGCAAAAGUCAAAAGAAUUCUCGGGAAAUAAAACCGAGACCGAGGAAGAGAAGAGCGAAAGACGUAGAAAGAAUCAUCACCAUCAUCAAAGAAAUAAUACUUUGUUGACUAAUAGCGUUCAUGAUGAACAUCCAACCGUAAGUGUUUCAGAAAAUACACCAACAACUUCAGCGUUCCACAAUAAUAUACCUAGGAAUCAUCAACGUCAGAAUAAAUUAACGACUGUGAUAACUGAUCUAACAACGAUUGCAUCGAAUAAAAUAUCUAGAAUUUCGGCUACUGAUAGGGAUAAUCAGGAUCUUAAAGAGGAGUUUGGCAAACAGAAAAAUUCGGAGAAAGUAUCUUACAUGUUCACAAAUACGUCAAAAAAUGUUGAUUACAUUACCAGUAAUAUUGCUUUUACUGAAUCUUCAAGCGCUGCAGUACCAGCCACAAUGGCAACCACGAUGGCAGUGCUUAGUUCGAAAAAAUCGCCAAAGCUACAAAAAAAUAAGUCUAUUGGAGUUCUUGGACCGACUAGAAUUGAUGUAACCGUUUUGGAACCAUCUGCUCGCAAGCAUAAGCAAGGUUUUUUUUUAGGUAUAACUACAACAAAUAAUAAUGGGAGAUUGACCCCAUUGCUAAACAGUCCAUUUGAGGCACGGCACAAGUGUUAUUGUGAACCUGAUUUAUUUGAAAAGCGAGGUGAAAAAGAAGUUGCCAAAGAAGAGAGGCGCAGACUGAAAGAAGAAAGACUUCGCAAAAAAGAAAAAAAGAUGAAGAAGAAGGCAAAACUCGAAAAAGAAUGUUUAACAGAGAAAAUGAAUUGUUUUGAACACGAUAACGAUCAUUGGCGAACUGCACCAUUAUGGAAGGCUGGACCGUUCUGCUUCUGCAUGAAUGCCAAUAACAAUACCUACUCCUGUGUUCGCACUAUUAAUGCGACACAUAAUUUUCUAUACUGCGAAUUCACCACUGGAUUAGUAACAUUUUACAAUUUAAGAAUAGAUCCGUUUGAACAGUGGAAUAGAAUUUCUUCUUUGACGCCUUUCGAAAAAUCGUACUUACACGAUCAAUUGGAGCAUCUCAAGGGAUGCAGAGGCACCCACGAUUGUACUGUGGGUAGUGCUGGAGAGUCUCUACCUCAAACUCAGCAUCAGAGACACGUUACAAAACGAAAAUAUAGUAAUACUUUUGAAGAUACGUUCGUGCCAUCAGCAUUGCAAAUUAUUCGUGAAAGUGAGCUUGGAAAUCCACCUAAUGCGAGGAGACGUAAAAAAUGGCCGAACAAUCACAAUUCCCGGCAACACUUCAAUAUCAUGAUUCUCUGCGAAAUGGUGAAGGCGAAAUCAUUGCUAGAAGAACUGGAUUUUCUUUGGAUUACUCCGAAUACCCCAAAAAGAAAAAGGUGGAACAUAUUGCGAAAAAGAGAAACUCAAUUUCAAAAAGGAAAUGUGCACGCAAGGCGCCCGGAACAUCUCGGAUAUCUUCGAGUCAGAAAAAUAUUGGCAGUAGCUCAGAAACCGAUUUUACUAAACACCGGUCGCAUUGUAAACGUCUUCCUAGAACAUCAGGAAGUAGGCGACUGAGGCUCUAUGGAGGGAUAGAUGAUAGCUCUGAAAAAACAUCAAGAGGCGACUGAUAGCACCUUCAAUGCUCUUGGCCGCCGUGUAAGGACAAUAAGGAUAACGUCGGUAAAAGAUGAACUUCAAACCAUACUAUGCUCCUAAUUUUGUGCCUACUACAACAUCGUAGCAAGAUAUCUCAAGAAUCUUAAUAAUUUAAUUCCUAACAUCUUUAGCUCAUUAGGCACUUGACUAAUGUAGGUCCGUGGCUGAUGACGAAAAAACAAGAUAAAAGCCUGAUCAAAAGUUUUAGAAAAAAAAUUAUGUUGGAAGAAAUGUUAUUGUAUUUGCAGGAACACUUUGAAACAAAAAUGUUAGAUAAAUAUUUGGUUUUAUGCGUUCUCACCUUUGACAAGUUCAGAUACUCAUACCAUUAUCAAAUAAUAUUUUUAUUAAAUCGCUGAAAUACAUAAGACCUGAAAUCCUUUGUAAAAUAACGUAUUUCACCGGGAAACGAUUUUCCGAAAUCAUCAUGCAUAGCAUGCCCGAUCUAAAAUCAAUUCGCCCUAAUAUCGUAAGUUCUAGUGAAAAAUGGGAGCUAUCUUUAUAUUAUAUUUAAAUAGACUUUUGGAUUUUCUUGUGUUGUUAAUUUUUUGAAAAUAUUUGUGAGAAAUAAUUUCGAAGUAAAUAUAAGUGCUUUUGUUCUGAAAAUUUUUAAAGUCAAGCGCCAUUUUUCAAUUUUUACAGAAGCGACUAAAGACGUUUUGUGCAUUUAGUAGGACUAUCUAAAAGAAUGUAUCUUGGAGAUCUUGUCAUGCUGUAUCUGAGUAUGGAAGUGAGAAAAAAUUUCUUUAGAAAACGCAUCGAGUGUCAUGAAAAUUGGAAAUUACAUUAUAACUUCGUAAUUGCGUGAAACUGACAUUUAAAAUUUAUGGAUUGAUUAAAACGA